AUGUCUCAUGUGCAGCUGCAGUGGUUGGAGAGAUUCCGCCUGCACCACGAAGCACGACAGCUCAGCAGCAGCCAGAGGAGAGCUGAGCGCUUUGCUUACAUGACCAAGGAAGAGGAGGGCGAAGACGUGGAGGACGAUGUCGGUCCCGUGGACAUAGAAGGAUCUGAUGUGGAGAACGAUCUCGAGCACGAAGAUGCGAUAGAGCGCAUGGAUUGCGCCGAACAUCCUGUGAGCCGAGAAGCUUUGAAAGAAGUACUCUUUCGUGAGAAAGACUGGAAGCGUUGCCUGGCGGGACGCGACAACCGCACGAAGUUUGCUCUGAGCAGAUUGAAGCAAGUGGUUGAGGCCAUGGGUGGCUUGCCCAAUGUGACUGUCAAUGUUGAAGGCGAGCGUCCUCUGGAUGGUGCUCUUCGUCGCGCAUGGGCCUAUGCUGAAGCACAAGACGUGUUUGACCGGCAAUCCCAGUACCUGGAGAAUCUGUCUGGAUUCUGCGUCAGAUAG